AUGAAGUCCACCGGCAGCGAGCCCAGCGCGCAGCCCGACGGCUUCACCUCCGACCUGGACGACCUAGACAGCAGCAGUGACAGCUCCGACGGGAAGUCCACCGGCGGCUGCAGCCCGCGCAGGGAACCGGGGGAGGCUGAGGGGAACGCGGGAGCGGCCGGUGGAGGUUCACCGAGGUGGAGGAGGAGGCGGAGGCGUAGCAGUGGAGGUGGAGCAGGCGACGGGGAAACGAGUCUGCCCGGAGCGAGCAAGCAAAGGCAGGCGGCCAACGCGCGGGAGCGGGACAGGACACACAGCGUGAACACGGCCUUCUCCGCGCUGCGCACGCUCAUCCCCACCGAGCCAUCCGACAGGAAGCUCUCCAAGAUCGAGACGCUACGCCUGGCCUCCAGCUACAUAUCCCACAUGGCUAACGUGCUGCUGCUGGGGGAGGACUGUUUGGACGGACAGCCCUGCCUCCGCUACCAGAGCAUCCUGCACGGCACCGCGGCGCUCAGUGCGUCCUCCCUGCGCCCUAUCUGCACUUUUUGCCUCAGCAACCAGAGGAAACUGCUCAGAGAUGGAGGGAAGCACUCGGCAGCUGUGUGA